CAAUCAUCUAACGUACAUUUGACUUGAAAAAGGAUAAAAUGUUUCCAAAGUUUGUUACAGCAAUUGUCAUAUUUAUUACAAUUUUUCGUUAUAGUGUUUCUGAACCGCAUUGUUCUAAGUUCCACUACGAAGAGAAGCUAUUAGAAAAAAUGAUAAGACUUGAAAUCUUUGUGGAAGCAAUGAAAAUGGAAAUUGAUGAGUCUCGGAAACAAGUAACGACAACUUUUGGUAAUCUACAAACAGAAAGAAGCACAUGGGAGAAGACACUACUGGCCAUGAAAGAAACAGGCGUUACAACUUUAAACUCUGUCAUUCAAGAGACAAAAACACAAGUUCAAGAGGAACUGAAAGUACUAGCAGCCGAGAAAGAAAGAUGGAAUAAAGGACGACUAAAGGAGUGCGUGAAAAUGCCAGAGGUCGUUUUAUUCUCUGCAAGACGUCCCAAACAGUCUACAGCGACAAGAGGACAAACAAUCAUUUUCACAGAGAUCAUCUUAAAUAAAGGUGACGCUUACAACAAAGAGAAUGGUGUAUUUACCGCUCCUUAUACUGGUGUUUAUACAUUUACUGUACAAUUCUGUGUCUAUCCUGGAAAGUAUGUUGAUUUUGCCUUCAUGGCCAAUGACAAGCCUUUUAAGAUAACACGGAUAAAUAGGCACAGUGCUAGCUAUUUUUCCUGCUACAGCUCUGAUGCCAUGACCAUUGUUGAUAAGAAUGAGAGUGUGAAAAUUCAGAUUGUAUCUAGCUCUGGUUCGGGAAUCAUAUUUGGUGAGAGCGAUACUAAUCAUUGGAACAUAUUCUCUGGUCGUUUUAUUCAGGCGAUACAGAAGAACAUUGCUUUAAUAGCAACAACAAAGCCAUUAAGACAUUUAACAAUACAUGUAUAAUUUCCUCUUCAAAUAGGAAAAGCUGUUUUACAAGGAAUGCGCAAAUCAUAUUUGAAAUAUUUGAAAACCUGACAUUUUUUAUUUAUUGUAGAUAUUUUCGUAAUUAUCAUGUUUAGGGAAAAGUAUGAAAAUGAUUACACAUUCUGUUACAAAUUCAAACUUUUCAAAUAUGUUAAGAAGUUAAUCAUAUUUAGGGUCUAUCCUUGGUAUUACUUCUAAAACUAU